GGAGACUUGUCAAACUUGUCAAAGAAGUCUACAAGGAGUGUUUUGUCCAGAAAGUCCUAAGAAAAACAGUGAAAAAGUGUCUGAAAAGAUAAGAAAAUACUCAAAUAACCCUGCUCAGUGUCUCAAUGGAGCGCACUGUGGAGAAUAAAUUUAUAGAAAUUGAGCCUAAAAUGGAGGAGGCAGAGGAAACGGAAUUGUCUGGGGUGACAGUUGUGAUUAUCAUCGGGGGAGGAGUUCUAACAUUUAUUAUCCUAUUCAUCUUCGCCAAGCGUCAGAUUAUGCGAUUUACACUGCGCUCACGAAGGGGCCCCCAUGUCCCUAUUGGUCAUGAUGCCCGGAAAUCCAUGAAGAAGGAAAUUGAACGACGUAUUGAUGCCAUUGAGAAAAUCUGGCAUGAACCACAACUGAUCCUGGAUGACCACAGAUAUAUCCUGCGACCAGAUUGCCCUCUACCACCUUUCUACUAUCGCCUGAAGGCGGUGGAUGAUAUUAAAGUGCUCGAAAGGGAAAUUGCUAAGCAGGAGGGCAGUGUAAGGCAACCUAGGGACAACCUCAGGGCAUUCCUGUUGACCACUCUUGCAGCAGCACUCAAUGGAUCAGGACAGAGGCUUAUCCACCAGUUCUGUGAUAUGUACGAGCACGCUCGUCACGAUCCUAGUGAAUUUGGCAAUGAGGAGUACGAAGCAUACCAUCGAAUGCUGAUGAAAUUGAUUGACGCAGCAAAGUCACUGAAAAACUUCUGCAAUAGUCGCAAAUCGUCACCGAGUCGAACACCAGUUAAGAAGCAACAGACGAAAAUGCAGUCUCUCCUGGAUCCAUCGAGGCUCCGUCCGCCUCCAAUGGCCCCCACGGGGCUCAGUGAGAGCAAUGCACGAAUUAAUUUGUCGCUGGGGGUGCAAUUGCAGCAGCAACAGCUGGACCAAAUUGGUGAUUUGGGCGAGAAUGAGAUUCUAACUGUGCCCCAGUUUCAUGAUGAAUCAAAGCCUUAGCACGGGGCUCUUUGGGGGCUCAGUGGGUGGCGUUGGGGGUCCAAUUGAUAAUUUUGAAGAAGUAGUAGUGGAAUGGGAUGGGAAAAGCAAUUAAGGGCUGCUCUAUUUAAUCACCUCGCGAGAAUGGUAAAUAAAUAGAAAUUUGUGUGUCCACAAAAUGAGGAAUAGCUCUGCCGCAAAAUUUGAUGGUAUAAUGUUUGCUCGAAGAAGAUGCGAGAGAUUGAGGGUAAAAUUUAUCCCUCUCUUUGCCCUUUAUUCAUCAAUUACCCUUCUCUCUAUAUCAUAUUAGAUGUAGCUCUAGAAUAUAGUGAGUUGUAUGAUGUUAAAAUAUAUAUACAAUAAGUAAA